GAAGGAGUCGCUGAGCCCAUGUCGGGGGGGGGACUCCCCUGAGGUCUCUUGGAAAGUAAGGACUAGGAAAGGAGUGAGGGAAGUUGAAGGAUCAAAGGAUUUAGACAUCUAGUCCAACUUCAGUUGAAAAAAAUUGAGACAAAAAGCUUAAGUUGCCCAAGCUGUCAGUUUUGGACUUAAGAAAGCACCUCCUCAGCCUAGAGUACCCCAGGUCUCCCAGGAGCUGACAAGAGAAAUGGGGCACAAAAGUUCUGAAGGGGGUCUCCCUUCUCCAUGACUCCUCCAAUCCAGGAAGAAGUCCCAACACUGGGACGAGAUGAAUAUCUUGGCCACAUACCAUCCAUUGGGCAAGGACUGUGGACUCAUGAAGGGCACUCACCUCUCUUCCCUGCCACACCCCGCAUCCUUAGGCUGGAAGACAGUGAUGAGGAUCUGAGAGCAGGAACCUCACAGGCAGUGUCACCUGAAGCACUUACUGAGAGGUUUGCAUCAUUGGAUAGUUUUUGCCCCAAAGUUCUUCAGUUUGGAUAUAACCAGAACACGGGCUCCAAGGACAAGUUAACAUCUAAAAAAAUUCUCUCCCAUUCCACAGUGCAGAAAGAUUUUGAGUGGCAUCGUAAGGCUCACUAUGAUGAGGGGAAGUACCUCAAAGCUCAGAAACUAGCUGCACAGGAUGAAGAAGAGGAGCCCCCAGGCACCUCUGGAUUGACCUGGGUGAUAGAGAAGCCCCUGACCUCCCAGGGAGUCCACCUGGUUGGUCUUGCUGGACAAGCACCCAGUGGAGAACAGAAGGCUACAGAGAAGCCUCUGACUAUCACUAUAACACAGUCUCAGCCUGGCACAGCCCUAACGCAGAAGCACAAUGGGUCCCCUGUGAUAUCUAGCUGCUGUCACUGGCUGGUAACCAAGGAACUGAGCUGGAAGAGACCAGAGAUUCCAGACAAAGAUGCUGGGGAAAGUCAAGGGGCCCGAAGGCAUGAGUCACAGGGCAGUAUUGGGCCUGGGAUAUACUGGGAGAUGAGACACUUCGUCUACACUGGAGUCAGGAGGAUGACACUGUUCAAUGGAAGAUGUAGCAGACUCAGGAAGCUGGGGAAGAGGGGGAGGGGGAGAACUACAGACACCCCACCUCCCCAGGCCAUGGCCACCCAGAGAUGGACAAUAAAGAAAAAGAGGAGUCAGGAGUCCAGGUGCAUGGGAUUCAAUAAAUAGGAUGGGUGCUGGGCAAUAAGAAAAUGGUAGGAGAGCAGGGAGAGAUCUUGGGAGAAGUAUGAAACAUGGGGUGGUACAAAAGGGUCCAGGAAGUGAGGUAACAAGGCACAAUAAUAUUACAUGAUACAUGACUAUGGGGUGUAAUGAUAGCAUGAAGUUGGAAAAUUGGAAACAAAACACAGAGACUUGGAGAAGAAAUUGUGGGAGUAAUAAAGAACAAGGGAUGGG